ACUAAAUGUGAAAUGUGAAUGUGAAAAUAAAGACAGAGUUAACUGUUAGAAAAUCACUUGGGUGUGUUUGAGAUUUUAUUGCAAAUGACAGGUCAUGUAAUGUUAAUGUGUCCAUCACUGGACUGAGAUGUGGCCUUCACUGGACUGAGAUAGGCUACUUUACUUCAACCUGUGUUUUAUAUAAGCAGAACAUGGAGAGGUGUGUGAAAGCUCUUCAAGGAGUUUGAAUGUCUGGGUUUUCGUUUCAUAUCAAUCAGAUCAGAAGUAACUAGCUACUUGAGUAGUUUUUUCAUUAGAUACUUUUUUACUCUUACUCAAGUAACUAUUAAGAUUGUGACUUUUACUUUUACUUGAGUAAAUAUUUCUAUAAGUACUUGUACUUUUACUUGAAUACAGAUUUUGGAUACUCUACCCACCUCUGUGUAAUACACUGAUGUUACCGCUAGAGAUCAGAUUCAGACCAGAUUCCAGUUUCAGUGGAUAGCAUCAAGAAAUCUGGACUGUCCACUGGUUUGAAGGGGUUUAAAUUUUCAGUAGUUCUCUGUGAUUAUUAACACAUAAUUUACAGUGAUUACUACAUUGAUUAAAUUUAUAGUAGUAUUUUAUUCUGGGGACUGAAGGAGACACCGCGUUAAUCAGAGCUUCUAUGUUUCAUUUUGGACAGAAGGGAGAUUCCUCCCAUAAUGUAGAGUUCACUUACAGUAUGUAUGAAUUAAUAUUUUUCUCAUGCAUGAAUAUCAAUGAAUUCAAGCAGCUGCUCAAUUUAGAGGUGUGUGUUAUAUUAAGAUAAUGUAAAAUUACAUGACAUCCAAAAACACUUAAGUCAUGUUGGUCCAAUAAUCACACUGUAAUGUCUUCAUGUUCACAUCUAAAUGUUUCAUCAGUCUAAUCUAAAGUCUAAUCCAAUAGUCCAGCUCCACAGUAGACCUGCCCUGUUUACUGAAAGAUAUUCUAGUUUCAGGUGUAUACAUUUCAUUACACACAAGGUACUGAUGGAGUAAAGUUCAGAGUAUCACCUAAGCAGCAGUGUACAUGUGCUUCUUUCAGAGAAAGUUGUAGUCACUAGUGUGAGAUCUUUCUUUAACAUUCUCAAAAGUCUGCAGCGUUUGUUUCUGGAACCUGGUGAGUUUUGUCCCUUGGUUCUGUUUGUUUAAACAUAUACAAACACAGCAAUCACGCUCAGAUCCACACCAAAACACUCAGGCCGAGAUCACCUGAACGUGAUCACCUGAACGAGAUCACCUGAACGAGGAUCGAUUUCCAAAAGAAACAGCUGUAAAUUCUGGACAGGAAACUGUUCUGACUGGAGUGUGUCACAUGUUCAAAAUGUCUAUUCUGAUCUGUUCUCUGAUCUGUUAGUUUACCUGCUGAUGGAGCAGUGCCAAGCCUUCAUCUUCAGAGAGUCGAUGGUGAAUAAACCCCUGACCCUCCCGUGUAGCUGCUCAGGACAUUGUCCAGAGGUUCGGUGGAUCCGCUUCAUUCCUAAAAGAGCCAUCGUUGCUCAGAGUGGGAUGUGUCCCAAACAACAGCAUUCACAAAGCAGAUAUUCAGUGUCAGGAGAUACAAGCAGAGGAGAUUUCUCCCUGACCAUCAGUUCAGUAGCCUACAAUGAUGCCGGCUCCUACAUGUGCAGCUGUAAUGGACAAUCAGUUACUGAAGUAAAGCUGAAAGUUAUCGUUCCGACAUUUGUAAAGGCUUUGGAGGGGGAGAACGUCACCCUCCCGUGCUACGGAGACACUCGACAUGACGUUAAAGAUGUAAAAUGGAUGAAAGAUGGACACAGGGUUCUGCUGUACACUCCUGCUAACAGAUCGGUGACUAAUGAAAGCAGAUUUACGAUGUCAGUAGAAGGCUUUCUAGACGGUGAUCUCUCUCUCCACAUCAGUCCAGUUCACCCGUCUGAUGCAGGAUUAUAUCAGUGUCUCAUCCAUGAUGAAUCUCAGGACGGAGAACCAGGAGCUGUUUUACUGAAGGUAGAAGGGCUACAACAAUUCACAACCAACAACAGCGCUCCAGUUUCAGUACUGCAUGUGCUACUAGGAUUGUUCAUCAUUUGCACUGUAUGAGAAAGCAGAGACUGAUCCAGAUUUAAUCGAAGAUAUGAAUUAAUAUUUAGCUUUUAUUUUGUUGUAUUAUUGUCCUGUGUGUUUAGUACUGAAUAAAAUUAAAUUAAAAUAUUUUGAAUGAGUAUUUGAAUAUCAAGUAAUCACACUAACGUCCAGGUCGUUUUAUUUGUUAAAAAAGACUAUGUCCACUAGAUGGCACUAGAGUACACAAAUUCUAGCUUGCAUUAUUCAUUUAAAUCUGUUUGAUUCUUUUUUCUCGAUUUCCUUCGAUAAAGCAUCAUGAAGAGAAAUCCCCGUUUUUUUUUCUUUUUCUUUUUCUUUUUUUUUUUUUUUACAACAACAAAGUACUUCAUAAAAAGGAUUAUGUUUGGGUUAUAAAAAGAGCCACUAUAUUAACUCGACUUAAGACAGUUGGGAUUCAAGAGUCGACUCAGAAUCAGAUUCAGAAUCGAUUACUCACAGUGACGCUAUUCGGAAAUUUUGCUAGUCUGGAGAUGUUCGACUUGAAAGACAUCACAGCUAGAACAUAACGGUUAGAAGCUGUAUUAUACGUAUAUGUAAUUAACAUUGCAAUGUUUAUUUUAUUAAUUCUCGUUCCUGUCUUUCCAUGAAUUGUUGUGCAGAAUCGACUCAAAUGAUUCAGAUUCAUUCAAAUCAGAAUCAGAAUCAACUCUCAUUUUGACCAUCCUAGAUCAGGUACAAUGUCAUUAGAGUAUGUGGUUCUAAAAGAGUAAGAUUUAUUUGUAUUUGUACUUGGGCUUGUUUCAGU